AUUUUAAACAGCUUGAUCAGCUGUAUUCAUAUAAAAAUAAAUAAAUAUGGCCUUUAUAUUAACUGUUCUAUCUGAUACAAUUCGUCUUGCUCCUUGUACUUUUAGAAAACAGACAAUGACAGCACUUAAAGAUGAAAUUAAUCUAAAAUUUGCAAAUAAAGUAGUAAUACAUACGGGUCUGUGUAUCUGUUUAUUUGAUAUUCUUUAUUGUGGUAAAGCAUUAAUAAAAUAUGGAGAUGGAUGUGCGUAUAUUCCAGUUAAGUUCAGAUUAAUUGUAUUUCGCCCUUUUAUUGGUGAAGUUUUGACUGGAAAAAUACAAAGUUCUUAUCAUUCAGGCAUAAAAGUUUCAUUGGGUUUUUUUGAUGAUAUCUUUAUUCCAAAGGGUCUUUUAUGGAAAGAAAGUGAAUUUGAUAUUGAUGAACAACGUUGGAUUUGGCAUAGUGAUCAUGGAGAUCUCUUUUUAAAUACAGGAGAAACAAUUAGAUUUGUUAUAGAAAGCGAAACAUUUUCUAAUAUUAAUCCACAUGUGGCUCCAAACCAUACAUGUGAACAAGAACAUGUUCCAUAUACUUUGACGGCAUCAUGUAACAAAGAUGGGAUGGGAUCUAUUUCCUGGUGGAAAUAAAUAUUGCUAAUAAUGAAACUAUAUAUCAAUAAUAGUCUAUAAUAUA